AUGGAAUGGGUACAGUGUGUAACAGGAGAAAUUCUCUCUUCCAUUUGUAACUGGAUUUACUGGUUUGACAUCUACAGGAAGGUGCCAAAAGACCUUACACAGCCAACCUACACAGGGGCCAUCAUCUCUGUCUGCUGCUGUCUCUUCAUAUUGUUCCUCUUCCUGUCUGAGCUCACCGGAUUCAUAGCCACUGAAAUAGUGAAUGAGCUCUACGUGGAUGACCCAGACAAAGACAGCGGAGGGAAAAUAGAAGUGAACCUGAACAUCAGUUUGCCAAACCUGCACUGUGAAUUGGUUGGACUGGACAUCCAGGAUGAGAUGGGAAGGCACGAAGUGGGUCACAUUGACAACUCAAUGAAGAUCACUCUCAAUAAUGGGGAAGGCUGCAGGUUUGAGGGCCACUUCAGCAUCAACAAGGUCCCUGGUAACUUCCACGUGUCGACGCACAGCGCGACGGCGCAGCCCCAGAACCCCGACAUGACUCACGUCAUCCACAAGCUCUCAUUUGGGGACAAGUUACAGGUCCAUAAUGUUCACGGAGCAUUCAAUGCCUUGGAGGGAGCAGACAAGCUCAGCUCAAACCCCCUGGCCUCUCACGACUACAUCCUGAAGAUUGUGCCCACGGUGUACGAGGACAUGAGCGGCAAGCAGCGCUACUCCUACCAGUACACGGUGGCAAACAAGGAAUACGUGGCCUACAGCCACACCGGCCGCAUCAUCCCGGCCAUCUGGUUCCGCUACGACCUGAGCCCCAUCACAGUGAAGUACACAGAGAGGAGACAGCCCUUGUACAGGUUUAUCACAUCGAUAUGUGCCAUCAUUGGAGGAACAUUUACUGUAGCUGGGAUCCUGGACUCCUGCAUUUUCACAGCAUCAGAGGCCUGGAAGAAGAUCCAGCUGGGCAAAAUGCAGUAGCAGUGAAACUCUACCCUCGACUCCAAGGACAGGAGCAAAGAUUGACAAAUCUACCACUACCUGUUUUUGUCUUUAUUUUCUAUUUGAUUGAAUCAGUAUGUUUUUCUCUAAUCGGGCAGUUCAGUGAAGACAUCUUCAACAAAUCAAAGAAAUCUCCAUGCAUUUCAGAGCUCUGAGAGGGAAAAAUCAGUGGAAUCAGGGUGUGGAUUUUGAUUCCCUCCCCCCAGAAAGAGAGGUUGAAAUGCCAUGUCAGACCUAAGUAAGGAUGGCAGUCUGUCCUCUGGGAGGUUCCUAUGGCAGUGUACAAGCUAGAGAGGAGAUGGCAAAGAGCUGAACUGUCCUGUGGCACUUUUUGGAGUUCUGUAGGAUUUGCAUGAUCAGACAAUCGACUUCUGUAUAGGGCAAAAUUACACAUGAGGAAGAAAUUCCACCCAUGGUGCCAAAAAGGUGAUGUAUCUGUUGGUGAGGAAUGGAAAGUGUUAGUCCCCACAGCAAACCUAAGAGACAGAGGGCAGAAAUAACAUGUAAAGAAAUGUUUUGUGCUUCUGUUGAAAGCUCAGUUGUUGAGAUACAACCUUUCUAAAGAAGUGAAAAAAGGAGAAGAGGAAGCCUUCCCCAGCUACCUUUACCUGGGCAAUCUGUGAGCCCAGCAGUGGAGGGCAUUUCUUUUACUCUGGAUGUAAAAGUGGUUUCAUUUCUUCCCACUAACUGAAUAUCCAGUCUUUUGUUUACAGGUGGCAUGAAGUAAAAACCAAACUGAGCAACACAGUUUUAUGUGGCCUUUGCUUUGAAAGGGAAUAGUUGUCUUUACAGCAUUAGCUUUUAUUUCUUCUGUUUCUAAACACAGACCACCCAAAAGUCUGGAUUCUGCACUUCUGCUUUAUUGUUAUUGUUGUUGUUUUUUCUUUGAAAAGAGGUUUUAUAUUCUCUGUGCUCAGAAAAAUGGUGCAGCCUUCUGGGUAGAUGAGCACAGCUUCCUCUCUUGCUUUGUGUGUGUAUAUUCAAUACACCUGUCAAACACAGGAAUUCUGACUUUUCAGGAUUUAAGGUGCCUCCCUUUUCCUUUAAAACUCAGUCAGGCAUCUUUUCUGAGCCCUGGACUGACACUGUUCUCCCACAGGUACACAGGGCAGCAUUCUCACGGGCUGACCCUUGCUGGGAGUUUUGUUUGAUCCUUUAAAAUGGUACCUGAGCUUCCCUGCCUGUUCCUUCAAGCCUUGCCUUCUGGAGCCUCCAAAAAAAAACGGAGGUGUGAGGGGAAAACUCCUGCCAGGGGUGUCUUGCAUGUCAUGGUGUCAUGAAAUGAGACCAAAUCUCCAUCAGUGCAUUUUCCAGAGCCUCAUCAAUUGUUCCUUGAGUAGUGACAGUCUCCGCAUGCCUUGUGAAUGCCUGAGCUGAGGAUACACAAAUUUUAAGCCUUUCAGGAUGGAUUUUUUAAAAAAAAUUUAAAAUGCUUGAACUCAGUGCUGUAAAUUCUAAGAUGGGUGCAGGGUUUCUCUUGGAUGAUAUCCAUUGCCUUUUCCUGGAGGCAAAAUAUCUAAACUUUAUGCUGUGAUGAUAUGAAUAGUUGAAUAUUCAGUGUUACUGUUAGAGUCAGAUGCAUUUCAAAAAAAAUUUCUGAUUGUCUGUUGAAAUUGUCCCAUUGCUUUGGAAGCAGGGAAAGUGUAGCCACUUUUAUCCACCACCAAAAAGCAGCAGCCAGCUGCUCUCCCUCUGCCAUGCUCUGCCCUGUAGUGAUUUGGGACAGCGUUGGAAUUUUUCUCUGUUCUUACUCUGGACUGAUUGCUCUUAAUUUUAGGUGUAAACUGGAUUGUGUAACUUCCUGUACCCAUUCAUGUAUGGAUAGAUUUUUUUUUACUUUAUUUUUUCCCCCAUUUUACAAAAAUGAACUUGAAAAUGAGAUGCUUGUGUUCAUUUGGGGUGUGUGUCUGUGCCUGUGAGUGGAUCCCUCUGAUGUGGGAUUUUCCAUAGCAAUUGCUUCUCCUGCUGGCUGAAGGAUUUCUUCUAAUCCACUGUGAAAUUCUCAGCUAAAAUAUCCUCAUUUUUCCUUUUGCAUUUGGUGAGUCUUUGCUGACAGCUUGGGAACAGUGGAUUACUACAAUGAGAUUUUUAAUAUUUUAGCAUCUUCCUUAAACUGAGAUUUAUUUAGUGCAUCCUUCUCCUGAGCUGAGCAAGGGGAGAUCUUUGCAGUACAGUUCAUUUUCUGAAAUGUCUCCUCUGGUGCAAUUUCUUUGGCACAAACAAAAAGGUGGUUGCAGAUUCUUUGUGUCCCCUGGUGUGUUGUUAUUCCCAUCCUUCUGCCCAUUCCCUGUCUGUAUGAAACUGCCCCUGUGCAGUCCAGGCCAGUUCUCUCAACCAGACCAGUGAAAUUGGUUUGUUUGGGUUGUUUGUUUUUGGUUUUUUUGGUUUUUUUUUUUAAAUAACACUCUUCAAUGUGCCUGUUCUCUCUGCCAAAAUAUCCCCUGCAAUAAGGUAAUAAAUAACUUUUUUCUUCUUCUUCUUUUUUUUU